UUUCGCGCCUUUUAAUGUUAGAUAGCGCUGCAAACGUUAUCCGAAAGCGUUAGUCAAGUGUAUUGUACAAUGAAAAGAGAUUACAUCGCAUUAUGUCCGUCAGGUCAUAGUUUUUACACGGUUAUAUUUGGUGAAGUCGUGCGUGACGAGUUAUGCAACAUUUGGUGUAAAAGCGCCCCAUAAUAGGACGACCAGAUAUUGUGACACCUGACCUACUUAGACAGUAUCGUCGUAUUUAAGACAGUGGUUCUAAAUGCCUGCAAACACGAGAGAACAGGGAAAUCUUUCGGAAAUUGCGUCUUUCCGUGAUACAUUAUUGGAACACAGUGCCGUGUCUAGUAAAUCUUGGUACCUACAUAAGACUACUCUCGAUACGUUCCUUCUUUCAAACCACUUUUCCUUCCGUUAUUGUUCAAUGUCAGAAAAUUAAAGUAAAACUUAUGAGAUUAUAUCAGUGUUUGAGAUAUUUGUAUUGAACAUACAAAUAUGUUUGGUUAGUCUUUUUCUAGAUUGUAUGGCAUUUACGAGAUGAGUAUAGUCAUAUUUUCCCUUUCGUUACCCACUGACGUGCCUGUGAAUGUAAUAUUGGGUGCAAUACUUAUUGUCAAUAGUUUGUUGAAAUUAUUAUAGAGACAGGAAUUUAAUAUUGUAUUUUAUAGUAAUCGAUUAAUUUUAGUUUCACGAGCUUUUUAGUAUAUAUUUUCAUUUAUAACAUUGCACCUGUCGUGUAAACAGUCUAACUUGUGCGAUAUCUUAUAAUCGUACAUCGUGUUAAAAUUAAGACACGAGCAAUUUGAGUAAAUUUGAAAGAAUUAAUGAAACGAAUUAAUUUUUCACAGAUUAUAAAGACACACGUCAUCUACUACAUUUUCAAAAUUAAUCGAAAUAUUGUUGAGUAACGCAUCGAUCAUAGUAGAAAAUGAAGAUAAAAGACAAAAUCAAUUAUAAUUAUCGCUGUAGAAGAUUGAAUUGUUAACUUUAAGAAGAUGGUACGAACGAGUUCGUGAUACAUCGAUCUAUCGAAGCUGCAACGCUGGUUGAAAUCGAUGACGUAAACAAACUUUCGAUCGAGUUGGAAUUCGAGAAGAAGAUUAUCGCAAUAACGUCGAUAGAUGCUACACCACGAUGGCAGGAACGAGAAGGCGGGUAUCAAAAAAUGUGUUUUCGGUGCGCGGUACUGACAGAACGGCUAGGUCGCGGGCACUAACGCGGAUCAUACGACCCUGGAACUCGUGCUGUCAGAGCGCAACGGUGCGCCGGACGCUCGCUUGACUAAGGGAGUGCCCGUCCCGAUGCAAAGUGUAAGUGAAGUGGCCUACAGACCUACAUUUGUCUAACGUUCGAUUUUUUUCGAGCCGGCGGACAGGAGGUUAAUAAUCCGCGCGGGGCUCAUUUUUCCGCGGGCGUGUGUGAUGUCGCUGUUGUGUGAUAUACCGAUGUUUGGUUGAAAGAGACGGUGUAGUUUCGGUACGCUCAGACGGCGCUGGCCGGCGCGGGGAGCGUAGUAGUAAAAAGAGAGAAGGAUAGCAAGAGCGUGCGCACACGAGGAGGAAGAGAGAAAAACAGAGAGGGAAAACAAGGAAAGAAGGAGAUAUAGAAGGAAAAAGACCGAACGCGCGGUUCUGUCGACUAGACAGAGAGAAAGGAAAGAAGACAGACAGAUAGAUAGACGGGGGUAAGAAAGAGAGCGAGGGCACGUAAGAGAGUGUAGGUGUUUCGAGAGAAGUGCGUGCGCUCGGGGACGACGUGCAGGAGGAGGGACCCCCGUCUGUCUGUCUGCUGGAAUGCACGAGGGCCGAAUGGCUACGGGGACAGGGGAAGGUGGGGGCCACACGGCCCUCGAGAACACCACCGCGACGGCCCUUACGGAAUCAACGUCAUCCUCCUCCUCCACGGUACCGACCAUCCUGACUGAAAACAACACCGCGGCUAAUCUGCCUUUGACCGGACCUCAACAGCAGCCGAACCUUCAUCAGGUACAGCAGCAAUCACACUCGCGACCACGGGUCAACUUGGUCACCGAUCUGCCAACGAACGAUGCCUCAGUUUCGAAAAUGGGAUUGCAGAGUGGGGCGGUCCUUGGCACACUUCACACACCGAGACACGUUGCUCGUCGAGCAAGAGAGAGAGAGAGAGAGCAAAAGGAGAAAGAGAGAUACAUCACACUAACAAGAAAGAGAGAGAAAGAUCACACCAGUCUCAUAUUCUUUGCGUCGAAUAUUACGAGUUACAGAUACCAUACCUGCAUAGCUAACACCGAGAUAGUAAUCGCACGCUAGAUGACGAUAUAGGUAGAUUUUUCUUUUUUUUUUUCUUUUUCUUUCUUUUUCGACGAUGGAUCAAAGUUGGCCUUAAUAUUCUUUAUUAACGCGUUAGGUGCCGCAAUGCAAACGGACGUACGUAGUAUGAUACGCUAUGUUAUAAUAGUCAACUCGUCCAAGUAUUGUGCUUCCCAAUACAUAACGAAGAUACCAAAUCUCCUCUUGUUACUACUAUUAUCGGAGUUACUUUACCUUCCCCUACUUUCUUGCUACAAUUUUCUUCCCUUAUCACACUGGUGACCCCCACGGUAUUCAGCGUGUUAACGAUCAUCUUCGAUCGAAACCUGGGGAAGAUUGCUUCCAUUUCUGUCCUGAAUACAUUUACCAGGAUAAUCAUGUGCCCUAAAAAUAGAGCUCUAUACUUUUAGUAUACUGCCAUGAUACUUGGUAUACUCCGAAUUGCUGCAUGUAUAUUUCUGCAUUUACGAUUGUCUGUUUUUCUUCGUGCGUUCGAGGAAGAAACGCGAUGUUGUUUCCGCAUUUUUUGCGAAACACGUAGAGAAGAAGGAAAUCGUUCCGUAUAACGCAAACAGGAUUCCGUGGUUACACAAGUUUCAUUUGUUCAAAUAUAUGAAAUAGUAUAGUAAUGUAUUAUUCAUUGAUUAUAUUAUGGGAUGAAGCAUAUUACUUGCGAUAGUCUCUGGUAAUCGCCUACGAGCGCUUAAAGGAUCAGCGUGAUGCUAAUUGACCCAGAAUAGCUUAAUGCCGAUAAUGGUCACAUCAUUUCAACCCAUACGGGUAAAGGACUCGCACUUUUACAACCUUGUCGUUGCGACUGUCGUUAUCGUGUUCUUCUCCACUAUCGAACAAGUUUCUUGUGUAUUAUCGAUGGAGCAAAUAUACUAGGUGAAGCAAGAUACAACGAAUGUAUCGAUAUUGGACAUCGAUCGAUUAAAAGUUUUCAUUUGAUCGAGCGAUCUAUCCAUUUAGGAAUUCUAGAUUUAACUGCCUUAAUUUUACCAUUAUUUAAUUAACACUUUGACGAUUAAUUUAUUAAUUGUUUCUACGAUUUUUAUUUUUAUUAUAGAAGCAUGUUAUAUGAUAAAAUGUAUUAUUGCUAGAUCAUUUUUGUCUCUAUGAAAUUAGAGAGAGUCAACAUUCUAAUGAAAUCACUGCCUAAUAGAGUGUCGAAACUGUAGAACCUUUGGUAUAAUGAUUUAUCAUUCCCGAACGUAUCGGUGUGCGCCAUUUACAUUUCCAGAGUUUCUGGGUCACAGCUUUCACUUUCUUUCGUUGCUUCUUCCGCCCUUUCGGAUACCCGAAGCACGGCCCUUUUCCCUUUCGUUUGAUCCUUUAUUUUUAUUUUUAUUUAUCGUCACUACGUGAUAACGAUUGAAUGUGACGCGCAACGAAAUACACACGGGUUCCACCUCUAUUCAUUUGUAGAUAAUAAAAUCGCACAGGUACUCAUUGGUUUCCGAUUUG